AUGAUUAUUUUAUCAGCAUCAGAAAUGCAUUAUUUAGUUUUAAAUCUUGGUCUAUUUUUGGGCGAUUUAGUUCCUACUGAUAGUUCAGUAUGGAAACUUUAUGAAAAAAUCAUGCGUACAUUCGGCCCUUUAAAGAAUUUUUCUACAAUGAGAUUUGAAGCAAAGCAUAAACAAAUAAAAGAAUAUAGUAAAGUUACUACUUUUAGAAUUUAUUUGUAA